AUGCGGAUAAUAAGAACGAAUUUAUCAACAAACUUAUUUUCAUUGCUUUUUGCAAUUAUAUUAUGUGUAUUUCCAUUAUAUACAACUGCACAAAAUGCAAAAGUAAGAAUAUUUGCCCAUGAAGAAACGAUAGAUUAUGGACCAAAAUCAUUACCUCGUAUAUGGAAACAAAACACGUACGAUGAUGGCACAGCAGUAGUUAGAAUUAUUAGAAGAAAUCCUGCAAUUCAAGGACCAGUUUGUUUGAUUGAAAAGCUUUUUUUAAGAAUCAUUCAUCUUGAUGGAACGGUUGAUGAAAAAGAUUUGGAUUUAGGAAUUCAACCAUUUAAUUAUUGUUUAUUUCAAUCUAAUAAUUUAGAUGUAGAAGGACAAACUGUUGAAUUUAUAGAUUAUUAUUUGAUUCGAAAGAAUCAGAUUUUAGUUACUUAUCAUAAUGCAACAGAUAUUAAUGAUUAUUAUACAUAUGAAGAGUGGGGAAUGAUAAUUGAUUUUGAUGAUUUUGACAGUUUAACUCAAAGUACUAUCUCAACAGUUGAUGAAGGUUACGCUAUUGUAUAUGCGAAUACAUCACUUGCAGGAUUUCAACCAUCUGAACCAUUAUCACCAUUAGGUCAAUUAUUCUAUUUAUAUAUUGGAUAUAAUCAAUAUCAGGUUGCACCUUUAUCACUUUAUCAAACUACCGUACCAAAUAUAACUUUUCCUUCAUUAUUUUGUGGUAUCGCAUCCGUUGGAGUUGGACAAGUUUGUACUUUGGCUGCAAGACAAAUAGAUCCUGCAACUUUACAAGUAAAUACUUUUUACGUUAUGGUUAAUUUCUUAUCCUCAGGAUCAGUUUUUUCUUUUAAAGUUAUAAAUCGCUUAUUUCCCAUUAUUGAGAACACUGUCCAAGGUAUAGAUUGGAUGGUAGCCAGUUUAUCUUAUGGCGGAUAUCUUUUAACAAAUACUGUUCGUGGAACUCCAGGGACUUUAGUUUAUGGGUUUUUGUUUGGAGAAGAUGAUGCAAAUUAUGUUGCUUGGGAUUUAGAAGAACCUCAACCAUCUAAUACAAAAGCAGCAAUGUCAAUCUUAAAAAAUAAUAAUACUUUGAUGUUGGCUCAAUUUGAAACUACUAAUACCUGGUCAUUUAACGUAAUUGAUUUGCCUAAAUUCACUAAUAAAGAUAAUGGAAAGAAACAAAAAUUUGCUUCUUCAACAUCUGGUCUAGUUCGUUUAACUGUUGAUGGUACCAAAGUAUAUGAUAGUUUAUCUUCUGAAGAUCAAGACAAAUUUUUUAAUACUUUAUUAAUAGAAUUAGCUGAUUCUAUUCCUGUAUCUCCAACACGUUUUCAUUCAAAUAAGAAGAUACAGCCGGACAAUAGUCUAAAAGAUAACCCAUAUUUUAUUUCUAUUGGUAUUGAAGAAACUGAGGAUGGGAAUGAGAAAAGUGUUGAUUCUAUUAUUAAAAUUCUUGAAACUAUGAUUAAAUAUAAAGAUCAAACUCCAAUUGGUAUCGGUGAGGUUAGUAAAUAUUUGGACGCCUCUUAUGGUUUUAAUCCUAAACCGGAUUUAUGGGAAACAUACAAAUAUAGAUUAUUAGGUGUAUUUUUAGUUGUUGGGCUUUUAAUUAUUUUAUUCUUAUUCGCUCAAAAAAGAGACAAAGCGGGUAACAAUUUUGCUAUUUUACAACUUGGAUUAAUUCUUUUCGAUUUGAUCAUGGAUGUUCUGUUCGUAAGCAACAACUCCAGAGACAUUCCAUUGCUUUAUAUUCCAAGUGUUAUCUUUGUAACAUUACCAAUCGGAUUAAAUACAAUAUUAGCUUUUUACAUUAUAACGAAAGAAAAUGCAGUACCAGAAUUUUACGAAUGGUUCACGAAUAAUGGAAAGGUUGCAAGCGUAUUUACAUUAUUAUCUGGUGCUGACAUCGAAGCAUUAAAUAUUUUACAGUCAAAUUUAGCGGGUUUUCCAUUUUUCCAAGCUCCUUUUUCUGAUGGCGCUAAAUCAAAAAUAUUUUGGAGUGCUUGUUUAAAUAUUUUUAUUGAAGAUUUUCCUCAAGUUAUAAUUCAAAUUUAUUAUAGAAUCAAUACCGUGACUUAUGAUAUUAUUCCAUUACUUAC